UGAUCUAGCCAUGCAUCUGCAACCCCUCUCAAGCUGGCCAACAUCGUUGCAUUGCAGCAACAGACCCUUCGUCGCUGAGGUGACGUCUCCAACCAAGGAACAUUCGAACAUUCAGGCCCAAGCUUCCCCUCAAUCAUUGGACAGGCAGUCGAGAGGCUGGUAAAAUCAUGAGAGUGCCGUCCCCACCUGCAACCAGAAAACUCAUCAUGGGAAAUGUUUGCUUGGGAGACAUGCAGAGUGGCUUCUGUAGCCAAUGAAAUGGGAGCAUGUCUCACGCUUCGCCAGCGAAAUCAGGAACUAGAUCGUCACAGGGACAGGGGUGCAGAGGCGAACUUGAUGCCUCAACUUGCUUUUGCUUGUGGUGUUGUUGGUCGACAUGAUAUGAUGAGCCAACUGCUGGGGACCGGCCUUUUGUUUUCAGGGACAAUGGCAUUGUGUGUCUUUUGUGUGACAGGAAUAGAGCGUGGAGAUGCGGAAUCUGGGGUUGCAGAAGGCAAUCUCUUCUGCUUGGAUCAUCUGGAAGCUUGCUGCAAAAUCAAGGUGCUGAGCUUCCCAGCCCUUGCUCCUCGCCUCGGCCAUUCUGCAGCUGUUGCCAGCUCCCGAGAUGUGGCUGGGCAUCGACGUCCCUGCAAGCUGCCCGCAGCGGGCCAAGAUGUCUCUAAGCUGCAUGGAGAACAGACACCCCGCCGAGCUCUCCUGGAAAGUGAAUUGGAGUAUCGUCACUUUGUGCUGCUGGUAGUCAAAAAGCAAGGCCGCCCGCCCGUCCUGACUUUAAGCUCGAACGAUCUCGCUUCCUACCACAAAGUACCACCUACCUACCUCAACCUCCUUCCACCUUCGCGUUCCUCUUCGCUUUCCCCUCCACAAACGCACACCACGAUCUCGAGACUUCCUGCACUCACAAAAACACCAAGAAGCUCCUGCAAGAUCACUUCGUGCGAAAACCUGUCGAGAUGAAGUCCGCAAUUCUGAUGACCGUUGGCGCAUUCGCCUUGUCGGUUUCGGCUCAGACCCUCCCAGCUUGUGGUAACACCUGCGUCACGAAUAUGCUCGGAAAGUUUGCGGAACUUGGCUGCGCUGCCAAUGACGACGUCUGCCUCUGUAAGAACGUCAACUUUGGCUAUG